AUGUACUGUACUUUGAGAAUAAAGGCCCGUUUCUUCAACAUCACUUUUGUUUGUGUUUAUGCACCUACGGAAAGAGAUGAAAAUGACGUGAGAGAUGCAUUGUAUGGUAGUUUGGAGCAGAAACUGGGCGGCAUAUCAAAGCAAGAUGUGAAAAUUGUGCUGUUGGACUUCAAUGCUAAAAACAGGAAAGGAUCCUUUAGAGAAAGAGUGGGAAAGAAAAGUUUGCAUGACGUUUCCAAUGGCAAUGGGAAAAAACUUAUUGACUUUGCCAUGGGAAACGAAAUAGUGGUGAGAAGUAGGCUCCAGAGAAGGAAUAUAAGGAAAAUUACUUGGUGUUCACCACACGGUACUACAUUCAAUCAAAUUGAUCAUGUAGUAAUUGACAGCAGGCAUGCUUCUGAUAUUUUUGAGGUUGACAGUUGUAGGGAGGCUAACUAUAGACAGUGUGUUGCGAUCUACAGAUCCGGAGAAAAAGGAAAAUUCCAAGAAGAUAUAAUGUCAAUCCAAUAA